AAUCUCUUGUAUUAAAUUUUGUGUGUAAAACGUUAGAUUACAUCAGUUUUGCUUUGUGACAGGAUUUACUAGGGCAAUGCUGUAUUGUUUGACUGUGGUACGUGCUGCUGCAGUUCACCAGCUGAUACCUCUUUGUCUACAGAUUCUUUCGGUGAGGAUUGAUGAUUUGGAGCAGCUGCCAGAGACUACUACUAUUGAUGCCUCCUCAAUUGGGAUUGUUCAGCCGGAAUUAGCCUUGGAACAGGGAGAACUACCAGAAGGGAAACAGCAUCUGAAAACUCCUAAACGUGGCCUGAAACGAAAACAAAAGUCAGGUGAGGAGGAGGAAGCUCAAGUGCCUGAGGACCCUGCCUUCAAUGAAUACACAGAGAAGGAAGGUGAAUUCACAGGGAAUGUUGGAGAUGAGACUAAUUCAGCUGUCCAGAGCAUCCAGCAGGUGGUGGUGACCCUUGGGGACCCAAAUGUCACAGCCCCUUCCAGUUCUGUCGGGCUGACCAAUAUCACUGUUACCCCCAUUACGACGGCAGCUGGAACCCAGUUCACAAACCUCCAGCCAGUGGCUGUGGGCCACCUGACUGUACCUGAACGCCAGUUACAGCUGGACAACUCCAUUCUCACCGUGACAUUUGACACUGUCAGUGGUUCCGCCAUGCUGCACAACCGCCAAAACGACAUUCAGAUCCAGCCGCAGCCAGAGGCAGCCAAUCCUCAGUCUGUGGCCCAUUUUAUAAACCUGACCACCUUGGUGAACUCCAUUGCCUCUCUAGGGAACCCGAUCACAGAACAGCAUCCUCUGACAUGGAGGUCAGUGCCUCAGACUGAUGUCUUGCCACCCCAGGCACAGCCAACACAACAGCAGUCAGGACAGCAACAGGUUCAAACAGAGCAACAACAACAGAUGUAUAGCUACUAAUUUAUACUUUGAAAAGUUUUGAAGUGGACAGUACUUAGAGACAAAAACACACAGACAUUUGGAAAAUUUCUAAUAGGAUUGUUUGCUGGAUACCAAACAGAGCUGGGAAAAUGUUUAUACAAUGAAAUGUAAGCUAAAAUUGGCAUAGCACCCUGCAACGCCCUAAUCUUGAGAUUUUCACACUGUCUCUAGACCUUGCA